AUGCCCGUUGAGUGCCAGGAGAGCCCGGUACUGGCAGGUAGCGCCGCGUUGGUCGCCUCUGGUGCGAUGAUUCUGUACUUCGCGGAGCCUUCCACCUACGGGAAGCACUGGAUCCUGGAGCCGGGGGCCAGCAGCCUGCCCGCCGGCGCCGCCUGGUUCCUGCAGGAGCUGCCCUCGUUCAUAGUGUCCGCAGGGAUUCUCGCCUGGCAGCCCGGCUCGCUCUUCGGACCGCCGGGGACUGUGCUCCUCGGUCUCUUCUGCGCGCAUUACUUCCACAGGUAG